AUUUAGCAUGCUGGUAGAAAUGAUGUAAAACUGACUUAAGUUUCCCUGCAUUAAAGUCCCCAGCCACUAGUGACAUUGUAAUUGGGGAAAUUAUUGGGCCCUUACAAUAAGGUGUGUCAGGAAGGGACCAGGCUGUGGUGGUGCCGAUAUGGACACCAGGGAAAGACCCUACUCAUCCAUCAAGCUAUAAGCCGAUAGCGUUCACAUCUCAUGUCUGUAAACGUAUGGAAAGGAUAGUAACAGAAAGGCUCACUUACUUCCUGGAGAGCAGAGGCCUAUUGUCAUCAGACCAAAGUGGGUUCAGGAUAGGCAGUGGAACCAUUGAUCCUGUACUGUGCCUAGAGUCGGAUAUACAGAGGACUAUGAUAUGAUGUGGAAGGAAGGUCUGCUUAUCAAACUGGAAAUCAUGGGGGGUUGGAGGAAGAGUUUUAACUGGAUAAAGGACUUUCUUUUUGGACCAUCAAUACAAGUGAGGGUGGGGAGUUUUAUGUCAGAACGGUAUGAAGUGGAUAAUGGCAUCCCCCAGGGAAGUGUCAUUAGUCCUUUGUUGUUCUGCAUUAUGAUAGACAAUGUAUUCUCCAAGGUGAGACCAGAUAUUGGGAGGUCAUUGUUUGCCGAUGACGGGGCACUGUGGAAGAGAGGGAGAAAUAUUCCUGAUACAGCCGGGAGAGUUCAAGAAGCGAUAAGACAAGUUGAUCAGUGCUCCAUCAGGUGGGUCUUCAAAUUCUCCGUUGAGAAAACACAGACUGUUUUUUACUAGAAGGAAGUUUGGGAAGGAAAUAUGCCUGAAGCUGUAUGGGUGGAAUCUAGAGUAUUUAGGUUCCUGGGGGUCUGUUUUGACACUUGAAUGACGUGGGGGGAGCAUAUUAACAGAGUCAUUUUCAAAGGAAAGAAAAUAUUGAAUGUGAUGCAUUGCGUUGGAUUGAUAUUGGCAUGGCGAAAGAGAUGGGACUGUUUGAGAACGAGUUCAGCCCUUCUGUGGUGCUUCCUGCUAUCCCACCUUGGUUGAUACCUCAGCCAAUGAUAGACCUAGGGUUGCUUGAGAGGGCAAGAGCUGGUGAGGAAUGAGUAGAUCCAGUAAAUAUUGUAAGUGAACAUUUAAGAACACAGUACUAUGCUUUCUUGAAUGUACUUUAUUCGCUGAUGGAUCUAAGGACCCUAAAACAGGGAGGAUAGGUGCAGCUUUUAGUGUUGCUCAGUUUAAGGUUGCAGUGACAAAAAGAGCAACGGAUCAUGUAUCUGUAUACACAAUGGAGUUGCUGGCCAUACUCUUGGCUGCAGAGUGGGUGGAGGAGGUGAGGCCAGACAGGUGGGUGGAAGAGGUGAGGCCAGACAGGUGGGUGGAAGAGGUGAGGCCAGACAGGUGGGUGGAAGAGGUGAGGCCAGACAGAGUAGUCAUCUGUUCUGACUCCUGUGCAGCACUGAUGAGCUUAAAUUCAUUUGUGUCACAGAGCAGACAAGAUGUCUUGUAUGAGAUUUUGCAGUGCCUGUUUAGAUAGAAACACGUGGGUAUUUGUGAGGUUCCUCUGGGUGCCAGCUCAUAUGGGAGUAGAGGGGAAUGAGGAGGUGGAUGUUCUUGCCAAGCAGGCUCUCAAACAUCCUAAUAUUGAAAUGGAAAUGUCAAUAAGAAAAGCAGAAGCCAAGGGGUUAAUAAGAACAGUGGUUAAAAACAAAUGGCAACAAAUGUGGAACAGGGAGGGAAAGGGAAGACACCUGUAUAAGAUCCAGGAAAAGGUGGGGGCAGGGAGGUCCUCAGGUCCAGAGAGAAGGGAGGAAAGUGUAAUAACAAGGCUGUGACUGGGACAUACAAGGCUGAACCGCACAUUGACAUUGGUAGGAAAACAUCCAACUGGGAAGUGUGAUCACCUUCAGGGGGAGAUUGAGACAGUGGAACACGUUCUAUUUCAGUUCCAGCACUAUGAGAGGGAAAGGGAUAGAUUAUUAUUAGAUUCAAAGAGUAAUGGUGUUGAAGAGACACGUUUAAUUGUACUGUUAAUGCAACUUCACGUGAUGUGGUAUUUCUUUGCGUAUUUCGUUUCCUUAUGGAGAAAUAUUAAUGGGUAGGAUUUAGACCUUUCCUGUCUCUGGUCCACACUCCAAUCCAGUUUGUGGCGGUAAUGUACCUUUAAAUUUGGAUGCCAACCGCAUCUAAAAAAAAACACACACACCAAAAAAAAGGGAGUUGGGACUUUCCCGCACAAUCUGCUUUACUUUCUUUGUUCCUUGUUCUCGACACAUCGGGUACGCGCUAACUUUUCAUUAAUUCACUCAAAUGUUUAACAAAGUUAAGAAACUAAGGGGUGUAUGUAUAAUUGGAUCCCCAUGCUUAAUAGGCUCUAUAAUGCAUCAUAUAGGAUAAAGGAAAUACAGGAUAAAGUGAGUCCAUGGAUUAUUAGAAGCCAAUUUCAAAGAGCAUGUGUCUCUCUCUCGCUUUGUCUUUCAGGUUGUACGUGGUCUCCAUACCGUUUAUUAUCAUGAUAUCAUCAGUGGUAACUACAACCAGUCUACAACCCCGAGAAGUGGCAGCUCCGGGCAGUGACAUCACCCUUAGCUGCUCUUUCCCUCCAUCUAAAAACCUGAACCUCAACCACCUGUACGUCAACUGGCAGCAUGAAGAAUCAGAGGUGGUCCACAGCUAUUACUAUGGGAGAGAUCAGCUGGAAAGACAGAGUGUUGUUUACAAGGGACGCACUCAUCUGUUUGAAGACCAGAUCGCUGUGGGAAAUGCCUCACUUAGACUGAGUGGUGUGCAGCCGAGUGACCAGGUUCAGUACACCUGUGAUGUGACAGAUGAACAGAGAAGCACCCAGGAAAGUCUACAACUUCUAGUGGCAGCCCCUUAUGAUGAGCCCAGGAUGUCCGUCCAAGCCACUUGUGACGGCUUUGUUGUCACUCUCUGUGCCUCUCAGGGGUUUCCCCAGCCAGAGGUACUGUGGGGAGGUGUGAUGGGCAGUAACACCACUAUGGAGUUGGACAGCAGGGGGCGCUAUGAGCUGGAGAGUGAGGUGACCCUGAGGUUGAACAGCACUCUGACUGUUACAGCAGAUCUGAAACUGAUGGUUUUGGACCAGAGUUUCACCAAGUCUCUCACACUCCACCCACCACCAGCGUCGUUGGUUUUGUACUUCCUCUCCUGUAUGGUUUCACCAACAGUAGGAUUUAGACCUUUCCUGUCUCUGGUCCACACUCCAAUCCAGUUUGUGGAGGUUGUACGUGGUCUCCAUACCGUUUAUUAUCAUGAUAUCAUCAGUGGUAACUACAACCAGUCUACAACCCCGAGAAGUGGCAGCUCCGGGCAGUGACAUCACCCUUAGCUGCUCUUCCACUCCAUCUAAAAACCUGAACCUCAACCACCUGUUCGUCAACUGGCAGCAUGGAGAAUCAGAGGUGGUCCACAGCUAUUACUAUGGGAGAGAUCAGCUGGAAAGACAGAGUGUUGUUUACAAGGGACGCACUCAUCUGUUUGAAGACCAGCUCACUGUGGGAAAUGCCUCACUUAGACUGAGUGGUGUGCAGCCGAGUGACCAGGGCCAAUACACCUGUCACGUGACAGAUGAACAAGGAAGCACCCAGGAAAAUCUACAACUUCUAGUGGCAGCCCCUUAUGAUGAGCCCAGGAUGUCCGUCCAAGCCACUUGUGACGGCUUUGUUGUCACUCUCCGUGCCUCUCAGGGGUUUCCCCAGCCAGAGGUACUGUGGGGAGGUGUGAUGGGCUGUAACACCACUAUGGAGUUGGACAGCAGGGGGCGCUAUGAGCUGGAGAGUGAGGUGACCCUGAGGUUGAACAGCACUCUGACUGUUACAGCAGAUCUGAAACUGAGGGUUCUGGACCAGAGUUUCACCAAGUCUCUCACACUCCACCCACCACCAGUAUGUACCUAACACAGUCCAUCGAGAUGUGAUACCAUACUUGCACAACAUGUUUCGGGGGAGCUGCAGGUCUCAGAGAAGGUGAUGUUAUUGUGCGAAGCUAAGCUGACUGCAGCUGGCUCCACCACCACAUCCACCCCCCAUUGACCAUGCCCUUCUCCAGAGCAAGCUUGUGCUGUGUGAUGCCUGCUGAGCAGAGGAGCAGAUUGUUGAUGUAUCCCCUGCUGCUAAUGCUGCUGGGAUUGGUGCUCCUGUUAUCCAGGAAGAGGUCUGAGCAGGAGACCUAAAACAAUAAGAAAACAGAAGAAUAGAAUGACCUUCAGUCCAUGGUCACUCAACAUGCUUUAUGCCAGAGCAAUUAUCAUUUGCUUUUUUACAAAGAAAGAACAUAAAGGGAGGACACCCUUUUAGACUAAAGUCCAUUUUCAUGGAAAGUCAUUUUGUAAAGUCAGAACUACGCUACAAUACUUUAUACACAAAGUUCAACACAAUACAGUUGACACAUUGCUUACAGGACUCAGACUAACACAACAUCAUACGAGGAAUGGGAGCUGCACACCACAAAUAUCCUUGUCUGGCCUAGCUGGAUGGUCACCCACAUAAAAAAUCUAUAUACUAAUAUUUCAUUUGCAUAUACUAUAUAUUCCUACCCAAUAUUCCAAUUUGUGCCACCCAUGAGUGAGAACCCUACAUGCCAAGUAUAGACCACAUAUUGUGUUCCCUAUAUAGAAAAGAAUAGAAGUGCUGUUCAGACCCAAUCCUACCUCCUUACAGGUUGUGGGAAAUGUGUUAUUUUAAUAGUUAUCCAGUAGGUUUCCUCAAGGAGAAAGCCCCCACUUCUAGGUGAAAGAUAAUACAACAAAAACACUGUAGUAAAUAUAACAGUAAUGUCCGCAAAAACACGACAUUAAAUUCUACAAUAUACUACAGUAA